CCGCUCUGCCCGCGGCGCUCGCCGAGCCGUUGCGGCGGCGGCGCUGCCUUGGCCUCCGCCGCGUACCUUCUGGGGGCUUCCUCCCCUUGCCGUUGUCCUGCUUCCCGGGGAGCGGAGUGCUGGUGCCCAUCGGACCUGAUCCAUUAAUGAUGCGGCCGGACUCGCUGCGGGAUUGUGUUGCACGAGUUGAAUUUUGAAUGAAGGCGAAGAGUUGUGUUUUCUUUUCUUUAAAAAAAAAAUUUUUUUUUUUUUUUUAAGAAGUCUGGACUCUUGGGUUCGGUGUACUUGGAAUGACUCUCGGAUUGAAGCCUGCGACUGAACUGUGCUCUUCUGGGUAAAAACAGAAAACGAUGCACGGAAGCCCUGGUUUAUGGUAACUCGCCCCGCGGAGCCGUGUGCGCGCGCGCGCGGGGUCGCAGACGCUCCGGGCCGGCGGGCUCCCCGGCCGGGCGGGGGUCGCGCGGCGGCGGCGGCCCGGCCUGACAGCUGCGCGGGGGACGAGACCCGCCGCCUGCCGAGCUCCGGCCCGGGGCCGCCGCGCGCCCAGCGCGCCAGUGACCGAGGGGAGGCGCGGCCGACGUGGGCGCAAACAUGUCCGGAGAGGUGCGCCUGCGGCAGCUGGAGCAGUUCAUCCUGGACGGGCCCGCGCAGACCAACGGGCAGUGCUUCAGCGUCGAGACGCUGCUGGACAUCCUCAUCUGCCUGUAUGAUGAGUGCAACAACUCUCCGCUCCGAAGGGAGAAGAACAUUCUCGAAUACCUGGAGUGGGCCAAACCAUUUACUUCUAAAGUGAAACAGAUGCGACUCCAUAGAGAAGACUUUGAGAUAUUGAAGGUGAUUGGUCGAGGAGCUUUUGGAGAGGUUGCUGUAGUGAAACUAAAAAAUGCAGAUAAGGUAUUUGCCAUGAAAAUAUUGAAUAAAUGGGAAAUGCUGAAAAGAGCUGAGACAGCAUGUUUUCGUGAAGAAAGGGACGUCUUAGUGAAUGGAGAUAACAAAUGGAUUACGACCUUGCACUAUGCUUUCCAGGACGACAAUAACUUAUACCUGGUUAUGGACUAUUACGUGGGCGGGGAUUUGCUGACGCUGCUCAGCAAAUUUGAAGACAGACUGCCUGAGGACAUGGCUCGGUUUUACUUGGCUGAGAUGGUGAUCGCGAUCGACUCCGUUCAUCAGCUGCACUACGUGCACAGGGACAUCAAACCUGACAAUAUAUUGAUGGAUAUGAAUGGACAUAUUCGGUUAGCAGAUUUUGGCUCUUGUCUGAAGCUGAUGGAAGAUGGAACGGUCCAAUCUUCAGUGGCUGUUGGAACUCCCGAUUAUAUCUCUCCUGAAAUCCUUCAGGCCAUGGAGGAUGGGAAAGGCAGAUACGGACCCGAGUGUGACUGGUGGUCGUUGGGGGUCUGUAUGUACGAAAUGCUUUAUGGAGAAACACCGUUUUAUGCAGAAUCUCUGGUGGAGACAUAUGGAAAAAUCAUGAAUCAUAAAGAGAGGUUUCAGUUUCCAGCUCAAGUGACCGACGUGUCUGAAAAUGCUAAGGAUCUUAUUCGAAGGCUCAUUUGCAGCAGAGAACACCGACUGGGGCAAAAUGGCAUAGAAGACUUUAAGAAACACCCCUUUUUCAAUGGAAUUGAUUGGGAUAAUAUUCGAAACUGUGAAGCACCGUAUAUCCCAGAAGUUAGUAGCCCAACAGAUACGUCAAAUUUUGAUGUGGACGAUGAUUGUUUAAAGAAUUCUGAAACGAUGCCUCCCCCCACACAUACCGCCUUCUCGGGCCACCACCUGCCGUUUGUGGGCUUCACGUACACCAGUAGCUGCGUUCUCUCUGACCGGAGCUGUCUGCGCGUGACAGCCGGGCCCGCCUCGCUGGACCUGGACGUCAGCGUUCAGAGGACUCUGGACAACACGUUGGCCACCGAGGCUUACGAGAGAAGGAUCAAGCGCCUGGAGCAGGAGAAACUCGAACUUGGCAGAAAGCUUCAAGAGUCAACGCAGACAGUCCAAGCUCUGCAAUAUUCAACUGCUGAUGGCCCGCUAGCAGCCAGCAAGGAUUUAGAAAUCAAAGCCUUGAAAGAAGAAAUCGAAAAACUAAGGAAACAAGUAAGAGAUUCCAGUCACUUGGAACAGCAGCUUGAGGAGGCCCACGGCGUGAGGACGGAGCUGGAUGACGCUAUCAGACAAAUCAAGGCUUAUGAAAAGCAAAUCAAAACACUGCAACAAGAAAGGGAAGAAUUAAACAAGGAACUAGUCCAGGCUAGUGAGCGAUUAAAAAACCAGUCCAAAGAGCUGAAAGACGCACACUGUCAGAGGAAACUGGCCAUGCAGGAAUUCAUGGAGAUCAAUGAGCGGCUGACAGAGUUGCACACCCAAAAACAGAAACUUGCUCGCCACGUGCGAGAUAAGGAAGAAGAGGUGGACCUGGUGAUGCAAAAAGUUGAAAGCUUAAGGCAAGAACUGCGCAGGACAGAGAGAGCCAAGAAAGAGCUGGAAGUGCGUUCCGAAGCCGUGGCUGCCGAGGCGUCUAAAGACAGGAAGCUGCGUGAACAGAGCGAGCACUAUUCUAAGCAGCUGGAAAACGAAUUGGAGGGACUAAAGCAAAAACAAAUUACUCACUCACCAGGACUGUGCAGCAUAGAGCAUCAGCAAGAGAUCACCAAACUAAAGACCGAUUUAGAAAAGAAAAGUAUCUUUUACGAAGAAGAAUUGUCUAAAAGAGAAGGAAUACACGCCAACGAAAUUAAAAACCUGAAGAAAGAACUUCACGACUCAGAAGGCCAGCAACUUGCUCUCAACAAGGAAAUUAUGAUUUUGAAAGACAAAUUGGAAAAAAACCGGAGAGAGAGUCAAAGCGAAAGGGAAGAAUUUGAAAAUGAGUUCAAACAGCAGUAUGAACGAGAAAAAGUAUUGUUAACUGAAGAAAAUAAGAAACUGACAAGUGAACUUGAUAAGCUCACCGCCUUGUAUGAGAACUUAAGUAUUCGCAACCAGCAGUUAGAGGAGGAGGUAAAAGACCUAGCAGACAAGAAAGAAUCCGUUGCACAUUGGGAAGCUCAAAUCACAGAAAUCAUUCAGUGGGUCAGUGACGAAAAGGACGCACGAGGCUAUCUUCAGGCCUUGGCUUCCAAAAUGACUGAGGAGCUGGAAGCCUUAAGAAACUCCAGCCUGGGUGCGCGAGCAACCGACAUGCCCUGGAAGAUGCGUCGCUUUGCCAAACUGGACAUGUCGGCGAGACUGGAGUUGCAGUCGGCCCUGGACGCGGAAAUAAGAGCUAAACAGGCCAUCCAGGAAGAGCUGAAUAAAGUUAAAGCCUCGAACAUCAUCACAGAAUGUAAACUGAAAGACUCAGAGAAGAAGAACUUGGAGCUACUAUCAGAAAUCGAGCAGCUAAUAAAGGACACUGAAGAGCUUAGAUCGGAAAAGGGUAUAGAGCACCGAGACUCACGGCAUUCUUUCUUGGCAUUUUUGAAUACGCCUGCCGAUGGUGCGGAUCCACUUGAACCUGUAGAUGGCACUCCACUUCCUGUUCACACACCCACCUUAAGGAAAAAGGGAUGUCCUGGUUCAGCGGGCUUUCCAGCUAAGCGGAAGACCCAUCAGUUUUUUGUCAAAUCUUUUACCACACCUACCAGAUGUCAUCAGUGCACCUCCCUGAUGGUGGGUCUCAUAAGGCAGGGCUGCUCCUGUGAAGUGUGCGGAUUCUCAUGUCAUAUAACUUGUGUAAACAAAGCUCCGACUGCUUGUCCGGUCCCUCCUGAGCAGACAAAAUGUCCUCUGGGGAUAGAUCCACAGAAAGGAAUAGGAACAGCAUAUGAAGGCCAUGUCAGGAUCCCUAAGCCAGCAGGGGUGAAGAAAGGAUGGCAAAGAGCAUUGGCCGUGGUUUGUGACUUUAAACUCUUCCUGUACGACGUUGCUGAAGGAAAAGCAUCUCAGCCCAGUGUUGUGGUCAGUCAGGUGAUUGACAUGAGGGACGAAGAGUUUUCUGUGAGUUCAGUCUUGGCUUCUGAUGUCAUUCACGCAAGUCGGAAAGAUAUACCGUGCAUAUUUAGAGUCACAGCUUCCCAGCUCUCGACAUCCGACAGCAGGUGUUCGGUCCUGAUGCUCGCGGAGAGCGAGAGCGAGAGGAACAAGUGGGUGGGCGUGCUCAGCGAGCUGCACAAGAUUUUGAAGAAAAACAAAUUCCGAGACCGUUCCGUCUACGUCCCCAAGGAGGCUUAUGACAGCACUCUGCCGCUCAUUAAAACAACCCAGGCAGCCGCAAUCAUAGACCAUGAACGGAUCGCGUUGGGAAACGAAGAAGGGUUAUUUGUUGUACACGUCACGAAAGAUGAAAUCAUCAGAGUCGGUGACAACAAGAAGAUCCAUCAGAUCGAACUCAUUCCCAACGAUCAGCUUGUUGUUGUCAUCUCAGGGCGAAAUCGGCACGUGCGACUUUUCCCCAUGGCAGCUUUGGACGGGCGAGAGACCGAUUUUUACAAGCUGGCAGAAACGAAAGGCUGUCAAAGCAUAACUUCGGGCAAGAUAUGCCACGGAGCUCUCACGUGCCUGUGUGUGGCAAUGAAAAGGCAGGUCCUCUGUUACGAACUAUUUCAGAGCAAGACCCGUCACCGAAAAUUUAAGGAAAUUCAAGUCCCGUAUAACGUGCAGUGGAUGGCGAUCUUCAGCGAGCAGCUGUGCGUGGGGUUCCAGUCGGGCUUCCUGAGGUACCCCCUGAAUGGAGAAGGCGGUCCGUACAGUCUGCUGCACUCAAACGACCACACGCUGUCGUUUAUCACGCAUCAGCCGAUGGACGCCAUCUGUGCAGUUGAGAUCUCCAGUAAAGAGUACCUGCUGUGUUUUAACAGCAUGGGGAUAUACACGGACUGCCAGGGCCGGAGAUCCAGACAGCAGGAGCUCAUGUGGCCAGCCAACCCCUCUGCCUGUUGCUACAAUGCACCGUAUCUCUCAGUGUACAGUGAAAACGCGGUCGAUAUCUUCGAUGUGAACUCCAUGGAAUGGAUUCAGACUCUCCCACUCAAAAAGGUUCGACCCUUAAACAGUGAAGGAUCAUUAAACCUUUUAGGGUUGGAGACCAUUAGAUUAAUAUAUUUCAAAAAUAAGAUGGCAGAAGGGGAUGAACUGGUGGUUCCGGAAACAUCGGAUAAUAGUCGAAAGCAGAUGGUUAGAAAUAUUAACAAUAAGCGACGCUACUCCUUCAGGGUCCCAGAAGAGGAAAGAGUGCAGCAGAGGAGAGAGAUGCUACGAGAUCCGGAAAUGAGAAAUAAGUUAAUUUCUAACCCAACUAAUUUUAACCACAUAGCACACAUGGGCCCAGGAGAUGGCAUUCAGAUCCUAAAAGACCUGCCCAUGCCAGGCCUCCCUUAUCCACCCUCUCUCCACUCCGGCCUCAUCUCCUCUCCGAUCAACUUUGAGCACAUCUAUCACAUGACUGUUAAUUCCGCUGAAAAAUUUCUCUCUCCUGAGUCCAUAAACCCCGAGUAUUCCCCGUCUCUGCGCUCUGCCCCCGGUACACCCAGCUUUAUGACUCUGAGGAACCCUCGGCCUCAGGAGAGUCGGGCCGUGUUCAGCGGCUCUGUCAGUAUCCCGUCUAUCACCAAAUCCCGCCCUGAACCCGGCCGCUCCAUGAGCGCCAGCAGCGGCCUGUCAGCAAGGUCGUCGGCGCAGAACGGCAGCGCCCUCAAGAGAGAGUUCUCCGGGGGGAGCUACAGUGCCAAGUGGCCGCCCGUGCCGUCGCCGUCCGAGGGCUCCCUGUCAUCCGGAGGCAUGGACCAGGGGAGCGACGCCCCGGUCAGGGACUUCGACGGAGAGGACUCCGACUCCCCGCGGCACUCCACAGCCUCCAACAGCUCCAACCUGAGCAGCCCGCCCAGCCCCGCGUCGCCCCGCAAGACCAAGAGCCUGUCCCUGGAGAGCACGGACCGCGGGGGCUGGGACCCGUGAGCGGCCUCGGCGCUCAGAGCCGGCGCCAGAGCGGCCUCUCCCCCACCCAACACCCGCAGCCCCUCCACCCCCGCCCCUGCCCGGGAGGCCCUGGGCCAGGCAGCAGGAGCAGGGUGGGGGUUCGGGAACAUGGACGAUGCCCCUGCAGCCCCCCUCGCCCCCUCCGCCCCCCAUCCCCUCACCCCCACAGCAACCACCACAAAGGCAAACUCACUGAGCAGCUUCCAUGAGUAUCAAUUCCAUUUUGUACACUUAGAGUCGCUUUCCAUAUAGUUGCCCCCCCACACCCCAGGUAGCUUGAGUAGACGGAUCCUGUGGCGGCGCGGGGAGAACAUCAGGCAGACUGGUGUCCUGGGGGGGGGGGGAGUGUCCCCGUCCCCAGCGGCACCGGUGCCUGUGGCGGCCGUCGACCCGAUCGUCGCCGGUAAAUCCUUAUUCACUAAAGCAGGCAUAUUUUACUACAAUACAGAGUUUAAAUAAGUACACAAAUGUAGAGUUAAAUACUGAAUGUACAUAGUAAAAAGAAGCAUCUUGUAUUCAACAAAAGAUGGAUACGUAUAUAAGAGAGAGCAUUUAAUUUAAAGAAAUGUGUUGUUUCUUGUCUGUUCUCCAGCUCAGUACUUUGAAGGGUAGGAAGGCCUCGAGUGUAGACACUCGCAGGCUUGAGGAGUCAGAGCCCCCCUCCCCCCGCCCCGCCCCCGCCCGGCUCUCACACUGGUCCCCUGGGGGCUUCAGGAAGACAUUCCGGAACUUGGCGUCCCCUGCUCUGGGCCGUGACCCAGGCGACCCAGGCGGCAGACGUAACCCCGGAAGCCGCCUCAGCAGCAGCGUCGAACAGCUAAUGUGCUUCCGAGACCGGCCUCCUCCAGCGGCGGGACUCCAGCCCGCUCGGUUCUCCGCCGUUGGCACCUUCUGCAGAGGAGAGUCGUAGAAACGCCUUCCCGCCGCGUCCCGAGCCCUUCCGUCGAGAUGACGCAGGAUGUCGUGGCUUCCAAGGGCCCCUAAAAUGUUCCGAGGAGCGCUUUUCUCCUGGGCCACCCGGGCCCUCCCUGCGCUGGCCCCGUCCGAGGGUGGCGCGCGCUCUGCGGAGAAGCCUGAGGAAGGGUGUCGCUACCAAAUAAAAUAAAACCUCAACUGCAAGGACUUGAACAGCCUUAACCAAAUACCCUUCCCCACGCGGGCGGGGAGCAGAAGCGCACGGCCCCGGGCGCGGGCAGGGAGCUCGCGGGCCACCACCCCCCCCCCCAGCCUGGCCAGCGGCGUCCCUUGUGCCCGCGUGACGCCCGCCGCCCUGGCCCCCGCGAGCUGCACGCCCGGGAGAGCUGUGCUUAUUCAGACCUAGCUCACCGGUUAAGCACAUGUGAGUGGAGGGAGAGAGAAAUAAAGUAUCUCCUGGAAGUAACGA